CCCUGUACAGUGUGGGCCGGUGGCGGCCCCGGUGGCCGGUGUCGGUACUGAAGCUCCAGCAGGACUCUCGCUGCGUCGAGUCAGUCCGCCGAAGCUCUGCCGACUGGAGGGAUGUGACCCCGGAACAGGACGCCCUCCUACAACAACACACCAUUCAAACAGAGCAGAGAAGAAAGAAAAGCUGGACCAGGAGGGAGCUACAGGAGCAGGGGGGAUGAACCGCGAGGAGGCCCCGGGGAAGUCUCCUGAAGACAUGUACGUCCAACAGAAAGUGCGGGUCCUGCUCAUGCUAAAGAAAAUGGGAUCAAAUCUGACGCCCAGUGAAGAGGCAUUUCUCCGGAAUUACGCAGGUGUGGUCCACAGUCAGAUGAGUCAGCUACCACAGCACAACAUAGACCAGGGUGCAGAGGACGUGGUCAUGGCGUUCUCGCGGCAGGAGGCGGAGGAUCGGCGACAGUGACACUGGGCCCCUCAAUCUCCCUCCACUGCACCCCCUCUCCACCCGUCCCCCCCCCCCGCACGUGAUCCACACAGCAACCCAAACUCCACAAACGCGACACUGAUGAGCUCAGGAGAGGAGGGGGCCCAGGAGAGACAGGAGAGGAGGGGAUGAGACUCCAGGAGGUGGCUGCCUCGCUCUCUCCCCCCCAGCCUCUUCACCCCCCCCCCCCCACUUGAGCUGGCCCACCAUGACCUGAGAGUCACUAUGUGCUCAAGCCUCGGCACCAAGGCAGUCAGUGAAAUCACUCGCAGGCCGUGUGGAUGAAUAUCAAAUGUAGUUUUUUCUUUUUUUUUCCCUAUGGGUGGCUUGGUUUUCUUUUUGUAUUAUUUUGUCUGUGUUGAGACAUUAGGCAGUGUUACGUGGUAUAUCUGCUGCGGUCACUGGAGCAAAGUGACCGGCAGCAGCUGAUUGAAGCAAAGAGAAAUAUAGUUUGGGUCAAGCAGCGAGUGUGAUGGUCGAUCGUGUUAGGGGAGACAUUUUUUAUUAUAUCUGCUUACCCUAAUGGGGCUGACAUUUUUUUGAUUUAGCUGAUGUGUCAUUAAGGCUUUUGUAUUGUCACACAAGGGGCCUCAUUUAUAACAUUUGAGGUGUAUAGAAAAAGGCCUGAAAUAUGGCAACGCCAUCUCCCACGCAGCUGUUCUAGAUACUCUGGAACAUUUCUGAGACUUCAAUGCUGAAGACAAAGUAGCCAAAUAAAGUUUAAUGUAUUAAUAACUCUUCUCAGAAAAUUAAUGUUUCUUUUAUAUAUAGUCCUGCCUAGCCUGUGAGAAAGGUCAGGCGGCAGCCGUAAGCAUUCUGGGAACAAAACCCCUUUUGUUAACGUAUUUCUAGGGCGGGUCCUAACACAGGAUGCAGCACCUGAGCAGCAAAACAUUAACAUGCAGACAGAAAGAGGGAAAUGCUGAGUGAAAAAGGAGGACAAUGACAGGCCAAUUACAGGCUUAUGCCCACAAUCUACACCCGAUUGGUCCAGCUGUUUUACAUUAAAUCCUGUCCACCCUUUUACGGCAGGACGUUUGAAAACGUAGAACCCAGACACAUUUACAGUGCAGUGAGCCCUGGUUACCUCUGGCUUUUUGUUUAGUACCAUGCAUAAACAACGUGUUUUUUUUAUUUAAGAAAUUGCCUUUCUAAUCCUGUGGCGCUCACUGCUGUUGUGAUUUGCUAACCGUCUCUUACAGGUCAACUAAGAAAUGACCACAAAGCGUUACGUCUUACUGAAUCAACAUCUGUGACGUUUAACAAACAUCCCUCUCUGUGUAUUUGCAGUCUGACCUUUUUUGUUCACUUACAAAUAUUCGAAUGACACACUGAUUGAUGUGUGUGUUAACACUCACAGCAGGCCUGCCAUUAAUCCUUCAUGUUUAAUUAUGGGAGUGAGCAGGUAGGGUGCCGAGGCUAGGGACUGGGAUUGAUGGGUGAAAGGAGAUUUUAGAAAGCACACGAUUUUCUUCUCAACAAAUCUACACAGCAGUUUUAUAAACGAGGCCCCUCUUGUUCUUCUGCUGCUUUGUUUUGAACCAUAGGCUGUUGAAAGUGCAACAACCCUUUCUCUUGUGGAAAGCGUAACAAUUAAAGACACUAGGAAACAUAAUCUCAUGAAACACAGGUGUACACAUUUUCCCCAACACUGGUUUGCAGUUGUUCCGGCAUGUAAAAUCUUUUUUUGUUGUACAAAUAGAUGGGAAAAUACAAUAAUUGUGCCAAUUGUCAUUUUUGGUGUUUUUUUAUCUGUAAAAUGACAUUAACAUAAUGAUCUAAGAAGAAUUGAUAAUAGACAAGCUGUAGUUGUAAUUUAUUGUUUACUGAAUUGACUUCCUCGAACACAUCAUUAAAGAGAGAACCAGUAGAUAGUUUAAUUUCAUCAGCGGUGGCUCUUUGUUCACACUAAAAUCACACAAACUCUAAUUUUUAACUACCUGUUACUAAAACCAUGUGAAGCCAAACGUAAGAGCUGUGUGCUAUUUCUCACUGUUAUUUGCAAAAAAUACAUUUUGAUAUCUAGCGCAGAGAUUUUAUGUUUGGUUCAAUGGAUAAAAGAAAACUUUUUAACCAUGUUUUUAUUCCUUCAGUGAUUUCAAAAAGUAUCUUCUCUGUGUUAAUUCAACUGGAAAAGCUCAAAGGAAUAUAUGUUAACAACCAACAUGUUUUUCUAGUGACAUGCUCAAUAUUUAAUGUGUUUUAAAUACAGUUUGUUAACUUGUAUAACUUAAAAAAUAAUUGUAACGUAAUGUUUUAAAGCCAAGCAUGUCUGCCUCGUGAUUUACAAUGUUCAUUCAGCCGAAGACUUUUGAAGCCUCGGCACAUUGACCAUUGUUUGUACAUUCUUGACGUUUGUGGAAGCUACUAUCACUUUUAAAAUGUUUCAGAAAAAAAAUUAUAAUUUUUUUUAUGGGUCAAGUGUUAUCCAUUAUUUGUUGUUGGCAAUAACUUCUAUUUGAAUGUCUUCAGCAAUCAUUGUUCAUGUAAUCAGCCAACAGAUCUAUCACGCUGUCCGCCUAUGACUAAGACAUUUGUCUUUUUAUGUUUACUUAAAAAAAAAAAAAAACAUUCUUUAUUUGUCUAUGCAUUGUUUUUUCUCUCUUUUAAAGGUGUCUUACUGUACAUUUUACCUAUCGGGUUGUUCUACAGCCUGUAGUCAAGUUGUGGAUGAAUGUAUGUGUGUGUGAAUGUGUCAUCAUUCAAUUUGCUACCGGUUUUUGAUUUUCAGCAUGCGGUUGCGUUUGACUAGGAUCGAUGUAUCUUUUUACUGUGAUGACCUUGCCUAAUUGUCCUAUUUUUUGUGUUGCUUUUUAUAUUUUAUUUUCCUCUCAGUCGACAUUGAUUAGUUGGUUUUGUUUUUGUAUGGCUGCUGACCAUGUCUUGACUUAAUGCUUCCAAAUCCUAUACCAACUGAACCAUUAAAGAUAUUUUAAACAGUG